AUGUCUAAGUUCUUGUUCAGUAGAGUUACCAGACUCCUGUCCCUCCCUGCGGGCAAUAGAAUGGGGGCUUUGGGCUCUCUCCCAAGAGGUAGUCUCAAUUUAUUACAAUUCCGUGGCUCUCUCAAGCCUGUUCCAAAAAUUGGUAUCCUUGGGUUUGCUAGAUUCAAUUCAACCAACACUCCAAGUGAAUCUGUUACCGAAAAAAUUACUGAAAUCACUGACUCUCUUCCUCAAAUGUAUGACCAAGCCGCGGCUGUGGCUGGUGAUGCUGUGCAGGCCGUUAGCGGUGUUGUCUGUGAUCAUAUUGGUGCUUUGAGUGAAGCCGGUAUUGUUUCCGGUUGGUUAUGGCCUGCUGAUUUCCUCGCAAGAACUCUUGAAAUGGUUAGUGUUACCACUGGUAUGCCUUGGUGGGGUACUAUUGCCACUGUGGCUAUCGGUAUUAGAUUGCUUAUGGUUCCAUUUUACUUGAAGGCUACUGAUGCUAGUGGUAGAAUGUCACAAGUCAAAGAAAAAAUGGACGCCUUGGGUGAACAAGCUAAAAUUUACGGUAACGAUCCAAUGAUGACCCAACAAAUAACUCAAAAGAGAAUGCAAUUAUUCAGGCAAAAUGGUAUCAAAUUGAGAUAUAUGGCAGCUCCAUUAGUUCAAAUCCCAUUUGCUUUGGGGAUGUUUGGGGCUUUGAGAAAGAUGGCAAACUACCCAGUUCAAGAGUUCUCUGAAGGGGGUCUUUUCUGGUUUACUGACUUGUCUGCUGCUGAUCCUUAUCUUGGUUUGCAAGUUUUGACCGCUGCCACUUUUAUGAUGUUCAUGAGAAUGGGUGGUGAAACUGGUGCUCAGAACAUGUCAAAAAAUAUGAAGCUUUUCUUCACCAUCUUGCCAUUGGCUUCUAUUCCAUUCACUAUGAAUUUAUCUGCUGCCAUCAUUUGGUAUUUUGCCAUCAACUCCAUGUUCUCGAUCUCUCAAACAACUUUGUUCAAGCAAAAAUGGUUUAGACAAAAGUUUGGUUUAACUGAAAUUCUUCCACCGCCACUCAACCCUGAUGGUUCAGUUAAGCUGGCUAGUAUUCUGGAAAUGUGGAAAGAUGCUAAACAAAAAAGUGAAAACAAAAGACAAAUCGAAAUGUCUCAAAAAGCCAUCAAGGAUAACUUGAGCAAAGCUAACAAGAAUGCAGGCCGUAUCAUGAAGAAAUCUGCUUUCAAAAAGACCAUUAGCCAAUAA